UCCGGCAUUUCCCGGAACCCGCGGCUGAGGAGCGGCCCCGGCGCUGGGCCCGGCCCCGGCAGGAGGCCAAGGAAUCGCUGCUGCCCUGAACCGCCGGGAGCUCGGGGUGACCGGGGCCUGAGGGCGCAGGGAGCUGGGGAUUUUUCAUUUCCAGGGCAUGGCUGGAUGGAGGAGGAGGAAAAGCCCAUGAGGUCCUGCAGGAGGAGGGGCUGCAAACCCAGCCCAUGGAGCUGCGGGGAGGAAAGAGCCCCCCUGAGCCAGGAAGGCGGCCGGAGAUCCAGCCAGAGCUCGGAGCUGGUGGAGAAGGCUCAUGGCAGGGAGAAGCUGCACAAGUGCUUGGAAUGUGGGCAAGGCUUCAGCCAGAGCUCCAAGCUGAUCUGGCACCAGGUGAUCCACACCGGGGAACGGCCCUAUACCUGCUUGGAAUGUGAGAAGAGCUUUGGGCGGAGCUCAGACCUGAGAAAACACCAGCACAUCCACACUGGGGAGAGGCCCUACGAGUGUCCCCAGUGUGGGAAGAGGUUUCACACCAGCUCCACUCUCCUCGUACAUCAACAGAAUCACACAGAGGAGAGGCCCUUCCGCUGCCCCAACUGCAGGAAGGGCUUCAACCGCAACUCCAACCUCACCAAGCACCGGCGCAUCCACAACUGGGAGAGGCCCUACGAGUGUGGGGAGUGUGGGAAGAGCUUCUCACAGAGCUCAAACUUGACCAGACACCAACGGAGGCACCACUAAGGGAAGCCCUGUGAGUGCCUUGAGUGAGGGAAGAGAGUGAGGGAAGAGCUUUGUGCGCUGCUCCAGCUCCAUCCCCCAUGGGAGGCUCCGGGCUGGAUGAUCCCCAGUGACCCCCGUUGGGCAGAGCCCUGGUGCCCCCUUAUGGGGAAUAAAACAGAGAGUAAAACAAUGCAGCUGGUAAAGGGGUCCAAUAUCUGAGGCCUGACUGAGCAGAAACUGUGGGAGACACAGACAUAGUUAAUUCUUCCUGGGCAAGAAGUGAUCAAGCAACCUGUUGUGAGACUUUGUGAUAAGAUCAUGUUCCCAGGAGACGUGAUGUCAUGAAGAAUGUGUAACCAAUGGGAAAUUGUUAGCAAACAUCGAGCCCUAUUUAAGCACUAUACUAGUAAAACCCAGUAUAAACACCUGGUAACCUCAAUAAAAUUGGCUUCUGAUCUGA